GUGGCCAACCACUCACAAUUCGGAUUCCAAGACGCUUCAUCCCCAAUCAUAGAAGAACUCGUAGAAUUCCACGACCAUGCCCUAAUAGUAGCCCUAGCAAUCUGCAGCCUGGUCCUCUACCUCUUAGCCCUCAUGCUAAUAGAAAAACUAUCCUCAAACACCGUCGAUGCUCAAGAAAUCGAACUAAUCUGAACUAUCUUACCAGCCAUCGUCCUUAUCCUACUCGCCCUUCCAUCUCUUCAAAUCCUUUACAUGAUAGACGAAAUCGACGAACCCGACCUAACCUUAAAAGCUAUCGGGCAUCAAUGAUACUGAUCGUAUGAAUACACAGACUUCAAAGAUCUAACAUUCGAUUCAUACAUAAUCCCCACAACAGAACUCCCACAAGGACACUUCCGACUACUAGAAGUAGAUCACCGUGUUGUCAUCCCCAUAGAGUCCCCCAUCCGUAUCAUCAUUACUGCCGACGACGUCCUACACUCAUGAACAGUCCCCUCAUUAGGAGUUAAAACUGAUGCCAUCCCAGGACGAUUAAACCAAACAUCAUUUAUCGCCGCCCGACCAGGAGUAUUCUACGGCCAAUGCUCAGAAAUCUGUGGGGCCAACCAUAGCUACAUACCAAUCGUAGUGGAAUCCGCCCCUCUCGCCCACUUCGAAAACUGAUCCCUACUACUAUCAUCCUAA